CCUCCUAUAUAAACCCGCAGCGCUCCCCUCCUGCUGCAGUCAUUCCUUCUCCGGCUGGGACAACAUGAGUUUCAUGGUAGAUCACCACUUUUUCGGGCCGACCGCGUACCGCAAGGCUCGGCCGGCCUCCGUGUCCUCCAGCGGCUUCCACUCGCAGCGCCGCCGCCUCGCCUACAGCCAGCCGUCCUCCGCGGACAGCUUGGACACCUACAACGGAGACACGAUGCGCAAGAGCGAGAAGGAGAUCCUCCAGGCUCUGAACGACCGCUUCGCCGGCUACAUAGACAAGGUGCGCAACCUGGAGAUGCACAACCGCAACCUGGAGGCAGAGGCGGCGGCACUGCGCCAGAGUCAGGCAGGGCGCGCGUCCGUCGGAGAGCACUACGAGCGCGAGCUGGACGACCUGCGGGCUCUGCUGCUGCAGCUCACCGGGGAGAAGACGCGCACGGCUCUGGAGCAGGAGCACCUGGAGGAGGACAUCCAGCACCUGCGAGCCCGGCUGGAGGACGAGGCGCGCAGCAGAGAGGAGCUGGAGGCGGCGGCGCGCGCCAUGAAGAAGUACAUGGAAGAGUGCCGGCUCGUGCGCCUGGAGCUGGACAAGAAGCUACGCGCGCUCGAAGACGAGGCCGCUUUCCUGAAGAAGAACCACGAGGACGAAGUAUCGGAGCUGCUCGCGCAGAUUCACGGCGCGCAGGUGAACUUCGAGGUGCGGGACACGCUCAAGGCUGACGUCACGGGCGCACUGCGCGAGAUCCGCGCGCAGCUGGAUUAUCACACGUCGAAGAGCGCAACGCACGCGGAGGAGUGGUUCAAAGCUCGUGUGGAGUGUCUGUCUGAAGCUGCAAGGUCAAACCAGGAUGCAAUCCGUGGGAGCCAGGAAGAGAUCACCGAGUACCGUCGUCAGCUCCAGAGUCGCACCAUUGAGUUAGAGACACUUCGAGGAACAAAGGAGUCGUUGGAGAGGCAGCGUAUGCAGAGCGAAGACAGACACCAGGAAGAUCUCAGCUCUCUACAGGAGACCAUCAAUCAGUUGGACAAUGAGUUGAAAAACACCAAAUGGGAGAUGGCCAACCAACUGAAAGACUACCAGGACCUGUUGAAUGUGAAGAUGGCUCUAGAUACUGAGAUUGCUGCUUACAGAAAACUACUGGAGGGUGAAGAGAAUCGCUUUGUGUCAGGAGGAUGUCCAUACUCCUACUUGGAAGGUAGAAUCUCCACGCAUUUGAAAAUGAAAGGAGAGGAGAUCUCAGACACCGUCAUUGUGGAAGAACAGACAGAUGAAACCCAAGUGACAGAAGUGACAGAGGAGGGAGAUGAGGAGGAAGAGAAGAGAACAAAAGAAGAAGAAGAGGCAGGAGAAAAGGAUGAUGAAACCAAAGAAGAAGAGGAAGAAGGAGAGGAUAAGGAGGAGGAAGGUGGGGGACAGGAAGACAAAGAAAAGGAAGAGGAAGAGAUGAAUAAGAAAGAGGAGGCAGGUGAGGAAGAGGUAUCCAAAUCUCCAGGAAAGGCUGCAUCACCACCGUCAAAAUCUCCUCCAAAGUCUCCUCAACCCAAAUCUCCUGUGUCAAAAUCUCCUCCAAAAUCACCAAAAUCCAAAUCAGCACCAGCCAAAUCUCCAGUGCCCAAAUCUCCUGCUAAAUCCCCUGCAGAAGAAAAGUCAAAGUCACCUGCUUCCAGGUCUCCCAAGUCCAAGUCCCCAACACCCAAAUCACCUGUGUCAAAAUCACCACCUGCCAAAUCUCCUCAACCCCAAACCCCUGAAGCACAAACUCCAGAAAAAGAGAAGUCCAAGCCACUUUCUGCUAAAGAUACCCUGAAAGAGGAGAAAAAAGAGGAGAAACCUCUACCAGUCAAAGAGGAAAAGGAAAAAGAUCAGCCUGUGAAGGAGGAAAAGAAACAAGAUCCCAAGGAGAAAGAACCAGAGAAGGCAGGCAAACCAGAUGCAAAGAAAGAGAACAAAUCAGAUGAAACAGCAAAGAAGGAUGAUGUUUCAAAACCUGCAGCUCCUUCUACUCCUGUCAGCAAGCCUGCAGAGGAGAAACCUGCCCCCAAGUCUGAGCCCAAAGAGAGCCCUGCUCCUGCCAAAGAGGAGAAGUCCUCCAUUCCGAAACCAGAGAAGGAUCAGCCUGAAGCAAAACCUGCCCCUAAAGCGGAGCCUGAAAAGAAAGCGGAGAAGAAGCAAGAUGAGAAGAUCGCUUCUAAAACAGAGCCUGCAAAAACAGAAAAGAAGAAAGAGGAGAAGAAGUCAGAGGAGAAAAAGGAGACUGUGAAAGAAGCAGCUGAUAGCAAGGAGGUGAAGGUAGGAGGGAAGAUGGAGAAAGAAGAGAAGUCUUCUGUAACCGAGUCAAAGGAGAGCAAGGAGAAAGAGAAGAAGUAAAUGUGUUCCAAAGGAGAUGCUAAAGAACUAUGUAGGUGGAGAAGUCAAAGAGCAGGAGAGAGGUCAGCUGGACACUUGAGCAACAAGUGUCCAAGACGACGAUAAAAGCAAUAGUGAUUUCUGUAGCAAAUAAUCCCCUGAUCCCAAAUAUGACCAUUACACACAGCUGAUGCUUCUGAUGUAUGACUGUAGUGAAUGCAGAUCGCUCUCUUUAUCUGAAUGUGAGUUUCCCUCAGUAAUUAUUACAAGUGCAUUUAAACUGGAUUCCAGUGACAGGGAAUGCGGUGGCCUGUACCUUCAUCACAAACCUUCACGGGUAGAGAUGUCAAAGAUCGUGACAGAUAUUUAAUGAUACACAAAUGUUUAUAUUAUAUUUAAAGCUGUAAGAAAGACUUGAACUUGCUUGUGCACCUUAACGCAGACUCUCUUGACGGGUGAAAUACAAUGCUAGGACAAUGAAGACUGUGCUAUGUACACACUGCAGAGAAUAUGCAAUAUUAAACAGACAAAUAAAGAUAAAAAAAAA